UCUUAUGGCUUCGCGGGCCCCACGUGGCGGCGGGGGCGCGAGGAAACAGCGCCCACUCCACGUGUCUGAGCCUGGCCAGCGGCGCACCUGCUGCGCCCGGGCGGCUCUUCCGGCUUCCUCCUCGCUCUCGUAGCGCAGCCUAAGGCAUCGCCAGGGAGGAAGCCGGAUCCGUUUCACCCCCGUGGCAGGAUUUCCCUGCUUGGGCCAAGGCACGGAGGAGGAGGAAGCGGGCACAGCUAUGGAGAGCAGCGUGGAACUCCCUGGGCGCCGUCGGGGGAGCAGCGGCUUCCUCUGCGUUCCCCUGCUUUGGCUAGUGCUGGAAAGUAUACCAUCUUUUGGAAAGGAAACAUUACUGACGACACCUGUCAUUCCACAGCCUGAACAGAACGUAUUUUAUGAAGAUUUCAUUCAUCUGAAUGUUUUAAACAAAAGAGUUCUCAAUGAUACUGAAAUUUCAGUUGACUAUUUAUGCUCAAAACCUUGCAUUGUUACUAUAGAAGCCAUAGCUGCAUUGGAAUUCAGAGCUGGUGUGUCUGUGUAUAAGAAGAGGUGGGAGAAUGAUAACUACCUCCACACCAAUAGGAAUAGAAUUGUGAACUUGAAAUUUCCAGACAGCAUGGUUUACAGAGAUGAUUAUUUUAUCAGACAUUCUAUAAUAGUACAAACAGUGAUGCUACAUGCAUGGAUUAUUCAUAAACAAACAAGGAGCCACUAUGAUAAACAAAGGGAAGAGUACCUGCAAGCGAUUGCAAGGGAUUAUACUUUGUUGGAAUCUGUUCCACCUUUUGAACGUUCGUACAAAGAACACCAGGUGUGUUUGAAAUGGAGCAUGGAAUACACAUGGAGAAUCCAGGCAAACAGAAUACGUUGGUGUCCCCAUGAGGAUGAUGUUGUUGAGAUCCUCAGCUUUCCAUACGCAUCCAGUGGAGAGAUGGCAGGAAUUGUGAAGAAGUUUCAGAAAUUUAAGAACAGAGAGCUUGAAACAAUCAGAAAACACCAGACUGAUUACCCAACCUUUACUGUUUCAGCCUGGCUUUAUUUACUUCAUUACUGCAAACACCCCUUGUGUGGAAUACUGUAUUUCAUUGAUUCCGAAGAAAUGUACAGUACCCCUGCUGUGUUUUUAACUAAUGAAGGUUAUGUUCAUAUCCAGAUGCACCUCGUCACAGGAGAAGACAUUGCAGUAAAAACAACCUUCAGCCUUCCCCUGAAGCAUUGGCUUCGCCUUGACCUCUCUGUUAACGGAGGACAGAUAGAUGUUACCAGUGUUGGGAAAAAUCUGGUAAUUCAUCAGCAUCAAACUUUUAGUUUUAGGGAGGAUUUCUAUUAUGAUGACACUUCUGGUUACUUGGUUCUUGGAGGUAGUGGAUAUUCAUCAAGUAUUGAAGGAUACUUUGGGUCAGUGAAAUACUAUCGUCUUCAUGGCCUAGAGACCAGUAAGAUUUCUAACUCUUUCUACAACAAAGACAUUUUGGAAAGAAUUGACCUGUACUAUAAAAAAUGUGUAGAUAUCCAGAGCAUACCACUUAAGUAUGGAUUCAUGCUGAAACAAAUUGAAGAAGAGCAAAAGUGCCUUUAUGAAAAUUAUUAUUUGGAAAUGAUGAACAAAUAUAGAGGGAACCCUAAGUGUGCAGCCUUCAGCUGGGAAAAAGCUCUAUACCACGACAUGGUUAAACAGUUGCAAGAGUCAGAUCUACAGUUGUCAGAAGCACCUGAAGGCCAAAAGGACACCAUUUUAGAAAUUGGACGCAGGUUAUUUGAGAAGGCUGCUCAGACUCUAACCAGGUCUGAUGGCCUACAAUAUAUAAACUCUGUUGUGUUGUCCCUGAUGGAUUCCAGUUGUUGUGGAUAUCACAGAGCUUCCUAUGCUCUUGGCGUUAUCUUUGAAAUAGGACUGGGUAUGCCUGCAGACCCAGCACAGGGGCUGCUGUACAGUUUGCUUGCAGCUCAAGGAGGUGAUAGGCUGGCAUUGAUGAACCUUGGAUAUAAGCAUUACCAAGGCAUUAAUAGUUACCCUCGAGAUCUGGAGGUGUCAUAUGCUUACUAUAGUGAUGUUGCUAGAAAAACACAACAUGAUCAACAUACUGUAGAAGGAGACCAGGCAUUUGUAGAAGCAAUAAGGCUGAAGGAUGAUGAACUGUUGAAAGCUCAAACCAAAGAAAAUGGCGACAUCUUCAUGUGGUUGAAACAUGAAGCAACAAGAGGAAAUGCAGCUGCACAGCAACGUCUUGGGCAGAUGCUUUUCUGGGGCCAGCAAGGAGUGGGGAAAAAUACCAAAGCAGCUGUAGAGUGGUAUGCAAAGGGUGCCUUGGAAACUGGAGACCUAGUAUCCAUAUAUGAUUAUUCCAUUGUGUUAUUCAAGGGUCAAGGUGUGAAAAAGAACAGAACGUUUGCUUUACAUCUGAUGAGAAAAGCUGCAUCAAAGGGAUUGCCUCAAGCAGUGAAUGGCCUGGGCUGGUAUUACCAUAACUUUAAAAGAGACUAUGCAAAAGCAGCCAAAUACUGGUUAAAAGCUGAAGCUAUGGGCAAUUCCGAUGCAUCCUUCAAUCUUGGUGUCUUGCAUUUAGAUGGAGUUUAUCCAGGAGUAACUGGUAGAAAUCAUACUGUUGCUGCUGACUAUUUUUAUAAGGCAGCAGAAAGUGGUCACAUGGAAGGGACGUUACGCUGUUCUCAAUAUUAUAUUACAGGAAACUUAGCAAGCUUUCCCAGGGAUCCUAACAAAGCUGUAAUCUGGGCAAAAUAUGUUGCAGAAAAGAAUGGCUAUUUAGGCCAUGUCAUCCAAAAAGCACUCAAUGCUUAUCUGGAAUUUUCUUGGCAUGAAGCCCUGCUAUAUUGCAUUCUUUCUGCAGAGACCGGAAUUGAGGUGUCACAGACAAAUCUGGCACAUCUCUGUGAAGAGAGACCAGAUUUGGCAAAAAGAUACUUCGCUGCUGACUGCAUUUGGAGAUACUAUAAUUUCUCAGUUUCUCAAAGCAAUGCUCCCUCAUUUGCUUAUUUAAAGGUGGGAGAUUUCUACUACUAUGGAUAUCAGAAUCAAUCCAGAAACUUGGAUAUGUCAGUACAGAUGUAUGCACAAGCAGCAUUAUAUGGAGAUCCACAGGGAUUCUUUAAUUUGGCUCUUCUUCUGGAAGAAGGUUAUUUGAUCCCUCGUCACAUUUUAGAUAAUUUAGGAAUUGACAAGACCAUCGAUUCCAGUAGUACAAGCCUUCUUCAAGAGCUUUAUGAAAGGUGCUGGAACCAUAGCAACCAAGAAUCAAUUGGUCCAUGCACAUUAGCUUUGCUAAAUCUUCACCUGAGGAUUUUCUUGAAGACUGUUUUGCAUUCUGGUUUGAUUUACUUCCUGGGUGCCCUGUUUGUCUCUGCAAUGGUUGUAUUUGUCAUACAGUGCUUUCGGGCUCUGUUGGUUUUUCAUCCACAUAUACCAUUAGUGCCAGAACAGGCUCUAGCUGAACUUUCUCCCACAGAAGAAAAUACUAAUGAGACCACAUCAACAGACCCUACUCUUACAAAUAAUUCAGAAGAGAAUGGUUUAAAUCCUCAGCAUCCCUGUUCCAGCAGUUGAGAUGUGCAUUUCCUCAGUGCGAUAUUCUGAUGCCAUUGGAAGACCGACACCUGCCCCUUCUGCACCAGUUGCAAAAUGUCACCUUUGGGGGGGGGGCUAUUCCCUUUCACCCUAGGGUAGGAUCUGCUACUGUUGAAGCAUGAAGCUCAAGUCUUGCUUGAGCUUGGAGCAUCCUCGAAGGUUUCAUCUUGAUUCUAGGAGAAAGGACCUUCAAAUAUAGGGAAGUCUCUUGCACAAAUGGAAGUAUUUUUAAAUUCAGAAAUGUGAACUAGAAUAUAAUCAGACUUAUUGUAUUAUUGGGGAAAGGAUUUCUGUUCUUAAUUUCUGUAAUUAAUCACGGCUUUUCCCCCCGGUUAAGAGCACUGAUUGACCUAGUUUUGGGAAUAAGGACUUAACCAGACAAUCUGUCAAAGUGUAGUCCAGAUUCCAGAAUAAUUUUAGACUUUGUGGGCUAAGCCUCCCAAAUGUAGUUUCAAAGAUAUCCAUUAUAGCAUCCAUUACUACAGGAAGAUUCUAUUGACCUGCAAAAAAAUAUCCAGACCACUGGUGUUCAAGGCAUUUCAGCACUGGAGAUGUAGUUGAGUUUAGGAAAGCCAUCAUCAUCCAUCUCAUUUGCAAUGUAGGGGUGAUGGUGAUAAUAUGAAUGCUGUACUUUAUAAGGUUGUUUUAAUGAUUAUGAAGAUAAUUUAUAUGAAGCACUUUGAAGAUUUUCUAAAGCACUAUUGAGGUCUACACAUUAUCAUUAACAUGUAGAUCUACAUAUUGUAUAUUGCUUCAGUAGUUUCUGACUGUGAAGUGGUUUACAAAUCUAUAAACUAAUUUAAAUAAAAAUAUUACUGAGAAGAAGCUGCUCCUACAAAUUCAUGCAUUUUCUCUUAAAAUUGGACCAUUACUGUGCUGCUUCGACCCUCCACCAAGCAAAAUGUUCACUCCUCUGCUUAUAUGUGACGAGUUCAUUAUUUUUACCCAUCACCUGAUUAUGAGAUAGGCUCCCCUUGCUCUGCUUUCAA